GGGAGGAGAUGGGAGCUUAUGCUUUCUGUUUGAAUACUCUUCUCUCACCCGAAACGUGAAGCUGUCGAGCACUUCUCCAAACCGAAGGAAGUGGUCGCUCAGAGUUGGCAAAACUUUUUUCUCAUUUAACUGACAUCUGGAGUUGCACUAAAUUAACUGACAGCAUGGCAGGCGGGUCCGUGUCGGAGUGUAAGGAGUAUCUGUUUAAGGUAUUGGUGAUCGGGGAAUUGGGUGUUGGAAAGACGAGCAUCAUUAAACGAUACGUGCAUCAGCUUUUCUCGCAAAACUACAGAGCGACCAUAGGCGUGGAUUUUGCCCUCAAAGUCAUCAACUGGGACAACAAAACACUAGUGCGGUUACAGCUGUGGGACAUCGCAGGUCAAGAACGCUUUGGGAACAUGACCAGGGUUUACUAUAAGGAGGCCGUGGGUGCUUUCGUUGUUUUCGACAUUACUCGAGGCUCUACGUUUGAGGCCGUUUCAAAGUGGAAGCACGAUUUGGACAGCAAGGUGAAACUAGCCAAUGGAAAUACAAUCCCUUCUGUCCUUCUGGCCAAUAAAUGUGAUCAGAAAAAAGAUGGUUCCAACAAUGCUUCUCUUAUGGACAACUUCUGCAAAGAAGCUGGCUUUUUGGGUUGGUUUGAAACAUCAGCUAAGGAAAACAUUAACGUGGAUGAGGCCGCCCGAUUCCUGGUGGAGAACAUCCUUCUCAAUGACAAAGGCCUUCCGUAUGAAGAGAGCAACGGUGACCGAAUUAAACUGGACCAACAAACUGUGCCUGCUGAGAGCAAGUCAGGCUGUUGUUAAUGUAGAUGCACUUACCUGUCCCAUCAUACCCACAGUGGAAGCAGGAGGCCAGGGACUCAGCUAAAGAAAAUUCCCCCCAACCUACACCACAAUCCCACCCUGCAUCCUAAUCUUAAAAAAACACAAGAGAUAACCCCUGCCAUGGGUCACAUACUGUAUGUCACAAGAGGCUUGUCAGUUUGUGCACCUGAAGAGGAGAUUGCACUGCGAAAGGAUGGAUGAAAAGAUAAAAAACAUCUGAUGGCUUUUAAAUACCAGUUUUUCUGUGUCAUUCUUGGUCUGUGUCAGUUUUGUACCACAAAAUGCUAUUUUAUUUUAUGUCAAGCCGAUUACACAUGUAUGUAUGUUUUAAUAUUGAAUAUAAUGAAAGAAGCUAAAUCAAUAUCAUAGGCAGACAAAUACCAGUGUACGCUUUCUACGCAAAACUGAAUGUGCAUUAAACUAUUAAAGAAGGUAAGCAGUUUUAAAAGAAUAGCCCCCCCACCAUUUUUUUUAUUCUGUCAUUAUUUUCUCACCUUAAUGAUUUUCGACAUCCAGAUUUAAUCUCUUUUGUGCAACACAGAAAAGCAUUAUUUAUUGCAGAAUGUCUUGGUUUUUUUUCUUUAAAAUGAAAGGAAAUAGUAAGACUUACAGUACAGUAUAUAGUAGUGCAAGUUAUAUGGAUUACUUUAUGAUGUUUUUACGGUGCUUAUCUGUUCUGUUUUGGAGUGUACAGUCCCUGGUUUUCAUUUACUACUAAAUCUGUUUUAUACCCAGUCAUAUGAGAUUAGGGUGAGUAAAUAUAGACAGAUUCUCCUUUUUUUAUUUGCAUAUAUUAUCAAUUCAGUGUACUCUUGAGCUGUACGCCUCUCUAACUGGGAAUAUCUUUAUUAAGUUUUGCUGAAAAAAGGUUCUCAUAAUGUUGCUUUAUGGCAAAAUAGUAAAUUCCCAGGGCAUUUAGUGAGUUUAUGCUGAGAAGUUACUUUUUAUCUUUAUUGAACUUUUACAAUUUGAAAAUCAUACAAACUUAGAAGUCAAAACUAUACUCCAAUCGACGAAUGGAGAAAAUAUAAAUAUUCAUAUUUGUUCAUUUGUUUUUAAUUGGUAGCCUACUGAAUGAGGGAUCUGGGCACCUGUUGUGUUCAUGCCUUUAUACGUCAAUGAGACAAAUAUGCCUGUUUCUUAACAGUGAGAAUGAAUAAAACUGCUUUGUUAAAAGCUGUAAUAGCUGGUAUUUUUCCAA